AUGCAUUUACGCACGAUUCUUGACGUGAACGUGGUGGAUGUUCAGAAGAGAAGGAACCCAUCCAAGCACUAUGUGUACCUCAUCAACGUCACCUACUCCGACUCCAGCUCUCACGUCAUCUACAGGAGAUACAGCAAGUUCUUUGACCUGCAGAUGCGAAUUCUGGACAAAUUCCCAAUUGACGGAGGGCAGAAGGAUCCAAAGAAGCGGAUUAUUCCUUUUCUACCUGGUAAAGUUUUGUUCCGCCGCAGUCACAUAAGGGAUGUUGCCGUGCGGAGACUCAAGCAUCUGGAUAACUACUGCAAGGCUCUGCUCAAACUGCCAACGCACGUCUCACAGAGCGACGAGGUGCUGACAUUCUUCGAGACUAAAGCCGAAGACCUGAACCCACCUGCAGAGGAAUGCGGCGGCUCUGGCAGACGGAAAUCGGGUCUGGACUCCUCAGACCCCAUGCUCCUGGAACAGUACGUGGUGGUGGCCAACUAUGAGAAACAAGAGCCUUCAGAGAUCGGCCUCCAGGCAGGAGAGGUGGUUGACGUCAUCGAGAAGAGCGAGAGUGGCUGGUGGUUCGUCAGCACAGCAGAGGAGCAGGGCUGGGUCCCCGCCACCUAUCUGAACUCACAAUGCGGCACACGCGACGACUUGGAGCUCGGUGCCUCCAAAUCCGGAGAAGUCCCUAAGAGACAAAAGGCUCACCUGAAGAGGCUGGACCGCAGGUGGACUCUGGGCGGGGUCAUCAGCCGGCAGCAGAGCCGAGAAGAGAAGUACGUAACGGUGCAGCCCUACUCCAGUGAGGGCAAAGAUGAAAUUGCUUUUGAGAAAGGGGUCAUAGUGGAAGUCAUUCAGAAAAACCUGGAAGGCUGGUGGUUCAUCCGAUACCAGGACAAAGAGGGGUGGGCUCCGGCUUCUUACCUAAAGAAAGCCAAAGAUGACCUCAGCCCGCGGACUAAGAAACCGGUCGCAGGCCCGGUGGAAAUCAUCGGUAACAUCAUGGAGAUUAGCAACCUGCUCAACAAGAAGGCAUCUAGUGAGAAAGACGUCCAGACUGAAGCUGUCCCAGAGAGCCCCCAGGUGGCCAAGAAGGAGAUCAGCCUGCCCAUGCCCUGUCCAGAGUCCAGUCCCAGCAACAGCCAAUCAGAGGCCAAGACCAAAACGGAGCCGCCUUCACCUGCCGUAGCUCGCGUCGCUCCCCAUUGUGUGGAGAUAGGAUCUCCGGUUCUCAGGCAAAAACCUCCCCCACGAAGAGACGCCACAUUGGGAUUCCAGCUGCCGUCCCCACCAGAGGCCCCAACAGUUGAAGCCGAGUACUACACCAUUGCAGAGUUCCAGUCCUGCAUAUCGGAUGGCAUCAGUUUCAAUGGAGGGCAGAAAGCAGAUGUGAUUGAGAAGAAUUCAGGAGGCUGGUGGUAUGUGCAGAUAGGAGAAAAGGAAGGAUGGGCUCCAUGUUCGUACAUUGACAAACGCAAAAAGCCAAAUCUGAACCGCAGGACAAGCACCCUGUGUCGGCCCAAAGUCCCCCCACCCGCCCCGCCGGUCAAAAAGCAAGAUUCAGUAGAGACUGCUCCUCCGAGUAGCCCAGGAUCCGAAGCUCCGGAGUCUCCUGUUUCUCCCAACAGACCGGUCUAUGAAGAACCAGAGUAUGAUGUCCCUGCCAUUGGCGAUUUAGACCUCGAGUCUGAGUUUGAGUUUCUGAGAGGAGAAGGGUCCUUGGUGGAUACAAAAAUGGAGGACACUUUAUCAGAAAGGGGAUCUCAACCUUCUUCUAAGCCCUCCCCGGCUUCCUCCCUUCACAGUGCCUCCUUUAAGAUGGGCGAGUCGUUUGAAGAUAGCCAAGAGGCCGAAGCUGAGAAAGAGUGCAUCUAUGAGAAUGACGGCUUUUGGCCGUUCCGCGAGACUCCAGAACGUCAGUGCAGUCGGGAUUCUAAUUCCUCCAAGACAAGUGUUUUGUCUGAUUCCGGCAAGACCGCUUCUACCCUCAAUCCUUCACCCGGAGGAUGGAAACCUGCCAGCAGCAAACUCAAGAUCGAUCUAAAUGGGAGUCCCUUUAUAAAGUCUGAGGAUGCACCCAGCCCGAAAUCGGUCUCAACAGAGUCGACACCAAAAAAGGAUAAAGAAGCAAACAGGGAAUCUCUGUCCACGAAGGCGUCUGCGAAGCUCAAACCAGUGGUGAGGCCUAAGCCACAGAUGGCCAAAUCUGUGAGUGCUGAAAAGAUGGACAUCAGUACUUUGAGAAGACAGCUGCGUCCAACAGGGCAGCUCAAAAAUGGCAACAAAACAUCUAAAGGGGAAGACUCUGAGACUGCAUCUGUGAUUUCAUCUGAGGAUUCCUUCUCCUCCCAAAGUACGUCUGAUCUCUCCUCCAACUAUUCCAAAGGAAGCAGGGGUGACUCCGAUCUGGAAGGGUGCAUGCAAUAUCGCACCACAGAUCCCUAUGAAAAAGUGCAAGAGUCUGAGCUCAGCUUCCCCGCAGGAGUGGAGGUGGAAGUGCUGGAGAAGCAGGAAAGUGGCUGGUGGUACAUUCGUUGGGGCGACAAUGAAGGUUGGGCCCCUACAUACUACCUGGAACCAGUCAGACAACAAGACGACAUGGUGGGAUCUGAAUCAGAUGGCUCGCCCACAAAAAGUCUCAGCAAAUCCAAUAGUCUGGAGAAGAAUGAACAAAGAGUCCAAGCUUUGAACAACAUCAACCAAAAUUUGAAGAAAGUCACUCCACCUAUUCCUUCAAAACCUCCUGGUGGCUUCACCAAACCUUUAGGAUUGUUUGGUGCAUCCAAAAAACAAAAUAGCAGCAAGCAGCAGCAGGUGGUCAGACCCCAGUCUGUCUUCAUAUCGGCCCCGAUAAUGGAUGGUCCCAGUCCUGUCAGCUCCUUGAGAAGAAAUGAGUCUUUGAAUUCAACAGACCAUCCGCGUGUUAGUCCUACAGUGCGUCGAAAUGCUUCAUUUGGCACUGUUCCCCGCAAUCUCACCCCAAACAUCACUCUUCCAAACAGGUACAGGUCAGGUAAUGGCAGCUCUGAAUCUCUCAGCCAAAGUUCUCAGAAGAAUUCGGUUCCCAUUUCUACCGUUAAACCAAAACCACACAUCAUCCACAACAACCUAAGGGAUUUGUAUGUGUCUAUUGCGGAUUACCAUGGCGACGAGGAAACUAUGGGAUUUCCCGAGGGCACAUCUUUGGAAGUUCUUGACCGGAAUCCAAAUGGUUGGUGGUACUGCAAAGUCCUGGACAGUGGCCGACCAAGGAAAGGAUGGGUCCCGUCAAAUUACCUCGAGAAGAAGCACUAG